AUGUUCGAUGUUGACGUCAGAACCGGAAAAAAGUCAGUUCCCCGGGAAAAGUCAGAAACCGGGAAACAAAAGUUCAGAACGCGGGAAACAACCGGAAAAAGUCAGAACCGGAUAAAAGGUCAGAAACCGGGAAAAAGUCAGAACGCGGGAAAAGUCAGAACCGGGGGAAAAGUCAGGAACCGGAAAAGGAAAAAGUCAAGAACCGGAAAAAGGUCAGAAACCGGGAAACAACCGGCCGGAAAAGUCAGAACGCGGAAAAAGUCAGAACCGGGAAAAGUCAAGAACCGGGAAAAAGUCCAGAACCGGUGGAAAAAGUCAGAACCGGGAAAACAAACCGGUUGGGAAAAGUCAGAACGCCGGAAAAAGUUCAGAACCGGAAAAAGAUCAAAAACCGGAAAAAGUCAGAACCGGGAAACAACCGGUGGGAAAAGUCAGAACCGGAAAGUUCAGAAUAAACGCCGGAAAAAGUUCAGAAACCGGGGAAAAAGUCAAAGAACCGGAAAAAGUCAGGAACCGGAAAAAAGUCAGAAAAACCAGGGAAAAAGUUCCAGGACCGGAAUAAAAAGUCAGAUAAACCGGGAAGGGAAAAGUCAGAACCGGAAAAAGUCAGAACCGGGAAAAACACCGGGAAAAAGUUCAGAACCUGGAAAAAGUUCAGGAAACCAGGGAAACAACGCGGGGAAAGUCAAGGAACCGGGAAAAAGUUCAGAACCGGGAACGGGAAAAGUCAGGAAACGCCGGAAAAAAUCAGAAAAACGCCGGGAAAAGUCAGAACCGGGAAACAACCGGUGGGAAAAGUCAAGAAACCAGAAAAAAGUCAGAGCUGGAAAGAAAAAAGUCAAAGGACCGGCCAAAAGUCAGACGCGGGAAACAACCGGAAAAAGUCAGAACCCGGAAAAAGUCAGAAAACCGGGAAAGGAAAACUCAGAAACAGGAAAAAAAGUCAGACCGGAAAAAAGUCAGGACCGGGAAAAGUCAGGACCGGAAAAAGUCAGGAACCGGGAAACAACCGGGUAA